UGUGUGUGAAGGAGCAGGAAUAAGAAUAACUCGUAUAUUUGAAUGAAUUAUAAUUGAAUCGAGAAGAGGGCAUUGAGGAACUUGCCAGGACUGUACAGACUUAUUUAACUUGUGCUAUAAUAGAGAACAUAAGCAACUGACAGUGAUGAUUUUAUUUUUAGGUUAACUUAUUGGAUUGUUGUGGAAGCUGCCUGGAGCUUUGGAUAAAAGCUAAAUCUGUAAUUUUCACUGUAUUUUUGACAUUUAUUUUACCUUUGGACUUGAUCAGUCCCUUUUUAUGGACUUUCUACAUUGGAAUCACAAUGUGGAGCUCUCUUUAUAAUUCCAGUCUACUGGAAAAUUUUCACUAUAUAGUUUAACUGAUCUGUGCACCUUCAACGUGAUGCUGUAUUUCAAGCCUGAGUAAUGUGAUUCAGCUCUACAGCACGGAAGAAGGGAGGAAAACAAUGUUCUCCCGCAACCGCUGCAAUGGACAGGAUGGCACGGGCGUCCCUCAAUAUCCCCGACCCAAAAAGAAAACUUCAGCGCCAAAGAGAAGGCAGCCUAAUCCCAAAGUUGCUCUGGUGUUGCGUGGGAAAAUUCAUCGUUUCUUGCAAGGAUCUGCAGAUCAUUCUGUCCAGCCUUCUGGUCUUUAUUAUACUGGAAUUGAGGAAGAGGAUGAAGAGGGGGAAGAGGAUGUUGAAAAGCUGCAGAACUACUGCAGGAGAGGAUUAGCUUCAGCAGAGGUCUGUUGCUCACCUCAGGUGCCAAACGGACUUGAGCUGGGAGCGUUUUCUGGGGCAGCUUGUGUUGGGGAAGUGGAACUAAAUCGAGAAGGAGGCAUCAGAAUUCCUUGCACUUUGCAGCACAACAGUAAUCCGACAGUAGUUCAAAACCAAAUGACCCAAGAUCUAAAUGGGACUAGGUUUUCGUCUGGAAGAGGAGUUGAUGGUGAGCCUAAAAGACAGACUGAGACUUUGCUGUGCAGGUUAAAUAUGGCGAUGCUGGAUGAAGUCGUGGAGGGGAAUAAUGAGGACUAUCAAGAGGAAGAAUCGAGUGCUAUCGUUGAGCACAUUCUGAAGGAAUUGCGAGGGAUCAACAAAAUUCAAGAAGAGAUAUCAGACUUGAGGGAGUACCUGUCAUCUGUUCGUGGCUCUGUCGAGGAGGUCUCUAGCUGUGUAGAUGCCGUCCUAAUGGAGAUCGAAUGCAUGCGGUCUGGAAACAAAUCUGGUGUAGAGACUUGGCCAGGAGCAACUGGUGGCACUGAGGGUCACUCCCACCACACUCACAAAUCAAAUAACACUGUUAGUAUAGGCUGCUACACUGUUGAAUCCUCAAGUAGCUGUGGUGAUAUACUCUCAGAAUAUCAAGUCGUUGAUGGGAAGCACAAAGAGGCACCAAGGCACUCUGCUUUCAGUAGUGUUGAGACGCCAAACCGCAAUGAGCAUCAUCCUUUUACACAAGAAGCAUCUAAUCAAAGGUCUGAUGUAUCUCAAGGUGCAAGGAGAAGAAAGCUUAGCUUUGGUUACCUCGAGCGCCAGGAUGGACAGGACUGUCCGAGCACAAGUUCCCUAUCUUCGGGUCAGAGUUCCAAGUCUGAAUCUGAUCCAGAAAGACCCACCUCUGAACAUGGCAAAGCAGGGGAUGAAAGUCAGACCUGGAACCCAGUGGCUUUAAAACAUAGUGUAAGUGGAGAGAUCGGUUGGAGCGAAGAUGAUUCUUGCUCCAGACAAGGCAGUUUUGAAGAGGCAGAGUGCUGCAUGGGUGAAGUGGACCGCUGGAACCCAUCAAGAGCUGCAAGUACUUGUACGAUGGACACCUCAGAUCAAAUAUCCAUAGUAUCUGUUAAACACUACAACUCUCCUGAUAGUACAAGCAAUAGAGAAGAUUGGAAGCUGUAUGAUGCAGAAAUGCUGCCUGAAGAACCUGGUUUGGUCUGUCAUAAUUGCAAUGCAGAUGGUAAAUGUCCUCAGAGUUCUGUGUAUCAGAAUCACGUGUCGUCUUGUGAAAAUUGCGUAGUUCCAUUUAAAAGUGAGUCAACAGAAAGUGUGAUGAUUGAGCCAUCUAGGAGCCUUCUAUAUGAAGGUACAUGUAAUCGAAAUGUCCCUGGUUGGAAGCCAGGCUCGGCUGGUGACAGUAAUGUGGCGGUUAAUGUAAAAAAGUUUGGUAGAGCAGUUCUCGACUUCAAAACUGCCUUGCGGGGAGCUCUGAAGAAGAUGGAUGGAGCUAGUGCUACUUUGCCUGGUGAAAGCGUUGAAGUCCAUACGCAGAUCUCCCUGUGUGAGGAACAACAAGGAAUGGUAAAUGUCGUAAAUACUGAGACACCAAAUUUAGACAUGCCUCAAAUGGAGAUGGAGAGUACACAAACAGAAACUAAUUAUUCUGAGCAGCCUCAAGCCAUCAGUACGGAGAAAGGUUUCGUAGAGAUACCUCAAUGCCUCUCCACCAAAGCAAAACCUGAAUCGCCUCCUCACCAGCAAAAUAUUGAACAUUCAGAACAUCCAAAUUCUCCAGGGUUGGACUCCUCCACCAGUAAUGCAUCAGAUGCUACAUCUGGACAUCCAACCAAUGCUCAUUUACCACAGUUUUUCUCUAUAGACAUUAUCCCAGACUCUUUUUCCACUGAGGAACUAGCCGUAGAAGAGGAGCAAAGAACGCUAGCGGGGGAAACGCAGCCUCCCACCGAUUCCUCUACAGAAGGAGGUAGUGAAGCAGAGCUUAGUCAGCGGGAUGCACGUCGUCUGAAGUGCCUCAGGAGUUUCCAGCAGAUUCUAAGGCAGAAGAGAGAGUCCAGAAGACAACUCAGUAUAGUGACCAUGUCAACAUUUUCUGAAGAUGAUUUGAAUCCAGGUAUAUUGAGUUUGGAGGCUCUAAACUUUCCUAUUCAUUGUUCUCCUUCAUUGUCACAUGUUAGAAGUUCUUGUCUGAAGUUUUUUAAAUUUGCAGUGUUAGUGGAUUUCUGUGAACUCCAAUCUUUUGAAAUUUAUGUCAGAAAAGGAAAGCAAAUCAUUCUGAUGUGCUUUUCCAUGGCUAUGCACAUCAAACAUGUCUCACAAAUAACAUUUAAACACUUUUUUUAUGUUUCUGUAAAAUAUCAGAUCUCAUCAGAAACGUAGCCAGUGGGUGUUUGGUCCUUUCCUGCAGAUAUAUUAGCAAGCAUCCUGCUGGGUGUUAAACUAGUCUUGUUCCCCAGGCUCAAACAAACUAAUUACACUCAUCGAACUGAAAUGAAAACAAAUCUGACAUGAAAGUAGAGUGCAGUGAAAAUUUAGGAGCCAUUAUAAAUGAAUAAUAAAUCUCGGUGAAACUUUUAUGAACUGUCUAGAUCAAUUGCGAAAUCCUCACAGUUAUGCAGUUCUUGUUCUCGGUCCAUGUACACAGGGUUAUUAAACUCCCUGUCUGGAGGUGUAAAUAUGUUCUUGGACAACAAGUUUAAUUGCGUUAUAAUGCUAUGUCUAGUUAAAGAGCGCUGUCUAGUUCCUGUUAAAAAUGGUGUGAUAGCUUGAUGUGCUGUCUGUUGUUAUUUUCAGAUGGAAGCCUGGAUGAAGAUCAGGUUAUAUAUUUUCACAUGGUUUAAAAAGUGCCUUGAUGU